AUGCCGAAUCCCAUGUUCGACGAGAUGGCCGGCUCUUGCUCGCCGGCUUCCAAACACAGGCGCAAGAAGCUCAAGAGCUGUCCGCACGAGUGCUGCUCGUCGCUGGCGGGGGCGCCGGCGUCGGAGAACGAGCAGCAGCAGACGCCUGAGCAGCCAUCGCUGAGCAAGGCCGCAUCCCCAAGCCCGCAACGGGCUUUGCGGCCGCUCAACCUCACCGCGAGCUUCACGCCGCCGGCUGCGACUGGCGCCAUAUCUGUGGCGCCUCUGCCGACGGCGCCUUCUCCUCCGCCGCCGCCGCCGUCGGCAGGCGGCGACGUGCGCUCGACGCUCGUACUCCUUCGCGAUGAGGGCUACCUCCAAAUCUCCGACAAGCAUCUGGAGAAGGUGGUCGCGGGAGGCCGCUUCUCCGUCGAGCAGCUCCUCGACAUGCACUCGCCCAACCAGCCGGGCGGCCUGCUGCAGCUCGCCGAGGGUGGCGACGCCUCGGAUCACCACCACUCCAUCGUCCUGUUUACGCCGACGGACUGCGACCCCGAGCUCGGCGUCCUUUCCGUUAGCUUCGUCGGCCGCUGCGCGUGCGGGGAAGGCGACCGGCAGGACCCACUGGAGUGCGCAUCGGUGCUCGCCUCCCUCGCCGACGGCCUCUCCGGCAGCAUCUUCUCGUCGGGCGUGGGCCUCUACCUGGACAAGGUGCGUAAGCUCGGCAGCUUCGAGGCGCUCUCGAUUCUGUUGCCGGCCGUCGGCGAGCCGGCGGCGGGCACGCGCGUCAAUUCGUCGGUUGGCUGCUUCGCCGCGCUGGUCACCGGCCUGCUCGAGACGCUCUCCACCGCUGCGCCGAGGCAGGCGGUGAUGACAUGCACGGGUGAAACCUUCCUCCCGCUCUGCCGCGAUUGCGACCUCGAGCGGUACGACAGCAUCACCAAGCCGUACCUCAACCGCCUGAUCGCGAGCGAGCUGCGCAACCGCGGCCUCUCCCUGCGGGGCAUGGGGCUGCUUGUGCCCUUCUCCAAGCAGGGGCGGACGGACAAGGCUGGCACGACCGGCGUGCUCCACCUCGACGCCGCCAAGCCGGGCGACGCGCCGCUCAUGAACCUCGGCUGCGAGCAGCUCAUCGUCGGCAACCUCGGCCACGUCGGCUGGCUGCUGAAGCGCGUGUUCGACAAGAGCGGCGUCAUCUCGGUCGCGCACAUCAAGGAGUACGCCGACGCCGCCGCCGCCGCCGUCGGCAUGGCUCUCGGCCUCGGCGCGCUCGACGGCACGCGCCUGCUGCUCCACCUCCUCGCGGCGCCGCUGAACCCAGCCCUCGCGGCCACCACCGCGGCCAAGAAGAAGGCGCCGACGUUCCUCGCGCAGCUCGAGUCGAGCGCGGCCAAGGGCGAGAAGCAGGAGAUGCUCAAGCUAGCCCACCAGUUCCUCGCUUUCGGCUCCUUCUCGCCCAUCUUUGGCGGCAGGGGCGGGCAUGUGCGCGCGCGCUUUGAGCGCAGCGCGGCCGAGGCCACCGCCGCGCUCGACGGGAGGUCGCUCACGGUCUGGUGCCCACAUCAGCUCGACGAGCGGCGGGCGGCGCAUCUGCGCAAGUCGCUGCCUUACGGCUCGCAGGUGCGAUUCCGAGACACUUCCGAGACACUUCCGAGACACUUCCGAGACACGUCUCGACACGUCUCUCCGAAUAUCACGUCUCGCAUUGUCGCACAGGCCGAGAUGCUCUCAACGACGUACUUCUGCUGGCCUGUCGUCGUCGCCCCAGACGGCUGGGACCCAGCCGAGGCGGAGGAGUCGCUCCUCGUGCAAGCGGGCGAGCUGACGUACAUCUCGGCCUCGCAGCUGUCGGGCCUCCUCUACACGCCCGACGUCACUCCGCCCGACACCGCGACGCUCUUCGCUCUCCGCUCGCUCGGCCCGCUGCUGCUUGACGAGGCGGCGCGGUGGGGACGGAAGCACCCAACCGUCGCGCAGGGGAGGAUGUCCGAGGCGGACCGGCUGGCGGCCGGGCGCGAGCCGCGCAAGGCGCCGAUGUCCGAGGCGGACCGGCUGGCGGCCGGGCGCGAGCCGAGGAUGACCGAGGCGGACCGGCUGGCGGCCGGGCGCGAGCCGCGCAAGGCGCCGAUGUCCGAGGCGGACCGGCUGGCGGCCGGGCGCGAGCCGCGCAAGGCGCCGAUGUCCGAGGCGGACCGGCUGGCGGCCGGGCGCGAGCCGCGCAAGGCGCGGAUGUCCGAGGCGGACCGGCUGGCGGCCGGGCGCGAGCCGCGCAAGGCGCCGAUGUCCGAGGCGGACCGGCUGGCGGCCGGGCGCGAGCCGCGCAAGGCGCGGAUGUCCGAGGCGGACCGGCUGGCGGCCGGGCGCGAGCCGCGGGCUGCGCGCAAGCCGACGCAGUCGGAUCCGGCUACCGCACGCUACAUCUGCCCCGAGUGCGACAAGCCGGGCGAGGCGCUCGUGCUGCGAGUACGCCAAGGUGGCGAGUACAACAAAGUGCAGGUGCGUGCCGACCACGCCGCUUGCACUGCCGGGGGCUCGUCGAGGCGCCCGUCCUGCUGGGCCAUUCGCGACGGUUGCUUCACCUUCGUGGGCAUGACGGGGCACCACCUCGUCCCGCUCACGCGCCUUUCGCGUCCGUCCGACGGUGCGGAGGCUGCGGCCGCCAAGCAGCAUUGCGUCGACAAUUGCCGGCACGGCCGCUCGGAUGUGGGCUCCGUCAUGAUCGCGUGCGACGGGUGCGACGACUGGUUCCACCCGGCUUGCGUCGGCAUGACCAUUAAGCAGGCCGCCGCACUAAAGUCCUACGUGUGCGGCCAGUGCCAGCUGUGA